CGGCCCCGCAGCACCUUUCGAGGAGCCAUCGGAGCGAACGAGCGAGCGAGCGCCCAGGCCAGGGAAAAUGGCAGACGGUUUUUCGCUUAAUGAUGCCUUAUCUGGAUCUGGAAAUCCAAACCCUCAAGGAUGGCCUGGUGCAUGGGGGAACCAGCCUGGGGCAGGGGGCUACCCAGGGGCCUACCCCGGGCAGGCACCUCCAGGACCUUAUCCUGGGCAGGCACCACCAGGACCUUAUCCUGGCCCACCAGCACCUGGAGCUUAUCCUGCUGGCCCACCAGCACCUGGAGCUUAUCCUGCUGGCCCACCAGCAUCUGGAGCCUACCCAGGAAAAUCUGGCGGGCCCGGGGCCUACCCGAGUGCUCCUGGGGCCUACCCAGCAGCUGGCCCCUAUGGUGCCCCUGCUGGACCACUGGCUGUGCCCUAUGACCUGCCCUUGCCUGGAGGAGUCAUGCCUCGUAUGCUGAUAACAAUUCUGGGCACAGUGAAGCCCAAUGCAAACAGACUCGCUCUGGAUUUCAAGAGGGGGAACGAUGUCGCCUUCCACUUUAACCCCCGCUUCAACGAGAACCACCGCAGGGUCAUCGUGUGCAACACGAAGGUGAACAACACCUGGGAGGAAGAAAGGCAGCCGACUUUCCCCUUUGAAAUUGGGAAGCCAUUCAAAAUACAAGUCCUGGUUGAACCUGACCACUUCAAGGUUGCAGUCAAUGAUGCUCACUUGUUGCAGUACAAUCAUCGGAUGAGAAAUCUCCAUGAAAUCAGCACACUGGGAAUUUCUGGUGAUAUAAACCUCACCAGUGCUUCAUCCACUAUGAUAUAAUCUAGAAAGUGUGGAUGCUUAAAAUUGAAUCUAAGCUUUAACAUUUAAAAGCUUCAUGUUCACUGUGAGUGACAAAUUUACAUUUAUUCAUAUAUAUCCUUCUUGUAAGCCACAAAUUUAAUAAAUAUUCUAU